AUGGCUCACCAACAGCAAGCUGGCGAUCAUCCAAUCCCAGUGGAUGUGGCUGAAAAUGCUGAAAACGUGCAGCCUGCCGGUGAUCAACAAUCGACCGGGAAACCUGAAGAGACGGUACCAACAGCCGAGCCGAACAAGAAAAAGCUCGCCUUUCUCAACAUCUUGAACGAGAAGCUGUCAAAGCGAAGCAAGGAUGACAGCAGCAAGCAUGACAGCAGCAAGCAUGAAACCAAGGAUUCGGCAGAUUCAACUGACGGAGGAGCUUCUGCACAGGAAGAGGGUGGAAAGAAGCGAAAGAUGUCGUUUGGCGGUUGCAUGCCGAAGCUCAGCGGCGGAAAGAUUGCUUGCUCUGCUUGCCAUCAAAAGAAGACACCAAGGAACACGUUUGUUUGCGCCACGUGUGAUCGCGCAUUGUUCUGUGCUCACUGUAUGCUUCGCGAUCAUCGCCUUCAUGAAAUCCUUGAUGGAACUACUGAAACACCUGUGCAAGACGGUGUAGAAGCGCUUUGGUGCAACUGGGACAACACAACGCCGACGCUGCUCCCGUUUUGGAAUAGACUUGAGUCUGUUCCCUACAUGUUUGAGUGCAAGUCAUUAAUUCUUCUCUGUGUUUACUUCGACAUCAAUGCCUUUCACGGUUGUUUCCUUGCCACUCUAUAUUGUUCGCUCUUUAUUUUUUUGCAAACUUAUAUUUUGUUC